GCUUUCCAGGAGCGGGUUAGCCCCGGCUCUGCGGGCGCAUUGCUGUGCGGUGCCUCCCGUUGUUCGCACGCCCCCCGCGCCCCCCAGCCCUGCCCCCGGGGGGGCUGACUAGGGAGACACGGGUCGUGAUGAAUUAACUCUUCGUGUUUUCCUGCGGGGGCAGCGGCCGCCCCCGCGCAGCAAGCGACAGCCCGGAGAGUCCCACUGCUCUGCUGCCUGCCGGUGCGUGCCAGGAGGUGGGAGCAUGUGUGGCUGCAGAGGGGCGGCGAGCUGAGCUAACCUCCGGAGCCAGGAGCGCGGCUGGGAUUUAACACGCUGCUGGUGGGGUGGGUGGACGAGUCCCUGCCUCUGGGACUGAAGCCAGGCGCACGAGGUGGGAGGGAGAAAAGAAAGAGGGGAAGACUUACCGGGGGCACUUCUCUUUUGGCUUUCUACCCCCCACCACCAUCCGCUCAGAUUGGACAGAGAAGGGAAUAAAACUCUCUCUCCUAUGAAACGAAGCUUCAGGGAGCUUGGAUUUACAGAAGAAAUUUCCUUCCUGCUCCUUAAGGCUUUCCCCUUCUUCAGUUUCUCGCUCUUUAUACAAGAUAAUACACCAUUGGAUCCCAGAUGGCCAAUUCCCUGAAUGGCCGGAACCCAGGUGGCCGAGGAGGAAACCCCCGCAAAGGGCGUAUUCUGGGCAUCAUAGAUGCUAUUCAGGAUGCCGUGGGGCCCCCCAAGCAAGCAGCUGCUGACCGCAGAACUGUGGAGAAGACUUGGAAGCUAAUGGACAAAGUGGUCAGACUGUGCCAAAAUCCCAAACUUCAACUGAAAAACAGCCCACCUUACAUACUUGACAUUUUACCAGACACUUAUCAACAUUUGCGACUUAUACUGGGCAACUGUGAUGACAACCAGAAACUUGCACAACUCAGUGAGAAUGAAUAUUUUAAAAUCUACAUCGACAGUCUCAUGAAAAAAUCAAAACGGGCUAUAAGACUUUUUAAAGAAGGCAAGGAGCGGAUGUAUGAGGAACAGUCUCAGGACAGGCGUAACCUUACAAAGCUGUCCCUGAUCUUCAGCCACAUGCUGGCGGAAAUCAAAGCAAUAUUUCCUAAUGGCCAAUUCCAGGGUGACAACUUCCGUAUCACAAAAGCAGAUGCUGCAGAAUUCUGGAGAAAAUUUUUUGGAGACAAAACUAUAGUGCCAUGGAAAGUGUUCCGGCAGUGCCUUCAUGAGAUUCAUCAGAUAAGCUCUGGUUUGGAAGCAAUGGCUCUUAAGUCUACCAUUGACUUGACCUGCAAUGACUACAUUUCAAUUUUUGAAUUUGAUAUCUUCACUAGACUAUUUCAGCCUUGGGGUUCAAUCUUAAGGAACUGGAACUUCUUAGCUGUAACACACCCUGGGUAUAUGGCAUUCCUAACAUAUGAUGAAGUCAAAGCAAGGUUACAGAAAUACAGCACCAAACCUGGGAGCUACAUUUUCAGACUGAGUUGCACUCGACUGGGGCAGUGGGCCAUUGGAUACGUAACUGGUGAUGGAAACAUUUUACAGACUAUACCUCACAACAAGCCUUUAUUUCAAGCUCUAAUUGAUGGCAGCCGGGAGGGAUUCUAUCUGUACCCAGAUGGACGAAGUUAUAAUCCUGAUCUGACAGGAUUAUGUGAACCUACUCCACAUGAUCACAUAAAAGUUACACAGGAACAAUAUGAAUUGUACUGUGAAAUGGGUUCUACUUUCCAGCUGUGUAAAAUCUGUGCAGAGAAUGAUAAAGAUGUGAAGAUUGAGCCUUGUGGACAUCUCAUGUGCACUUCGUGUCUUACAGCAUGGCAGGAAUCUGAUGGUCAUGCAGGCUGUCCUUUCUGCCGAUGUGAAAUCAAAGGAACUGAACCAAUAAUUGUAGACCCUUUUGAUCCGAGGGAUGAAAACUCCAGGUGCUGCAGUAUUAUAGAUAGUUUUAGUAUGCCCAUGCUAGACUUGGACGAUGAUGAUGACAGAGAAGAAUCUUUAAUGAUGAAUCGGUUGGCUUCAGUACGAAAGUGCAAUGACAGACAGAAUUCACCAGUGACCUCUCCAGGAUCCUCUCCACUUACACAGAGAAGAAAGCCACUUCCAGACUCCCUGCAAAUUCCCCAUCUUGGUCUCCCACCGGUACCUCCCCGUCUGGAUCUCAUUCAGAAGGGGGUAGCACGGUCACCUUGUGCUAGCCCUACUGGCUCACCAAAGUCUUCUCCAUGUAUGGUAAGGACAGAUAAACCCCUCCCAGCACCACCACCUCCCUUGCGAGAUCCUCCUCCACCUCCACCUGAGAGACCCCCUCCUAUCCCGCCGGACAACAGGAUAAGUAGACAUGUUCAUCAUCCUGAAAGUGUGCCUUCCAGAGACCAGCCUGUGCCACUUGAAGCUUGGUGCCCCAGAGAUGUGUUUGGGACAAGUCCGUUAAUAGGAUGUCGAAUCCUAAAUGACAGUUCCCCCAAACCAGGACUCACUGCAAGUUCAAAUAUAAAUGGAAGGCACAACCGAAUGGGUUCUGACCCAGGAUUUAUGAGAAAACAUAGAUGCCAUGAUUUGCCUUUAGAAGGUGCCAAGGUAUUUUCAAAUGGCCAUCUAGGAAAUGAAGAAUAUGAUGUCCCUCCUCGACUUUCUCCCCCUCUCACAGCUGCCUCCAUCCUCCCUAGUAUUAAAUGUGUCGUUCCUGUAACAAAUUCCCUUGCUGAGAAAUCGAGGGAUCAUGUAGAAGAUGAUGAUGAGUACAAGAUUCCUUCAUCCCAUCCUGUAUCCCUGAGCUCCCAACCACCUCACUGUCAUAACAUAAAACCUCAUAUUAGGGUGUGCGAGAAUGGUCAGUGUGCUGGUAUAAUGAAUGGAACACACAGUGCUGCUUCAGAGAUGAAGAAAUCCAAAACCCCGGAGUUAGGAGAUGGCUUUGAUGCAUCCACUGCUCCAGUAUCUUUACCACCUGCACGGCCUCCUACCAGAGACAACCCAAAACACAGCUCUUUGCUCAACAGGACUCCUUCUGAUUAUGAUCUUCUGGUGCCCCCUUUAGGAGAAGAUUCAUUUGACAACUCCCCACCAUCACUUCCUCCACCUCCACCUCCUGCUCGGCACAGCCUCACUGAGCAUUCCAAACCUCUGGGCUCAGGAAGCAGACCCUCUUCAGGACAUGAACUGUUCCUUCCUCCUUCGGAUCUCUUUUUUGAUCCAGCUACUAGUGUAAUUCCUUUGCCUCCUACUCGAAGAUUAACAGUGGAAAAUGUCAAAACUAAUAGAACAUCCCAGGACUACGAUCAGCUUCCAUCCAUCUCAGAUGGUUCACAAGCACCAGCCAGACCCCCUAAACCACUUCCUCGCAGGACUGCACCAGAAAUCCAUCACAGAAAAGCAUACAACUCUGACACCUCCUUGGAAAAUGUGGAUGCAAAAAUUGCAAAACUUAUGGGAGAGGGCUUUUCUUUUGAAGAAGUGAAGAGGGCACUUGAAAUAGCCCAGAAUAAUGUUGAUGUGGCUCGUAGUAUUUUAAGAGAAUUUGCCUGCUUUCCUCCUCCAGUCUCCCCACGUCUCAAUCUAUAGCAGCAUGCAAGUCCCUGCAGCAGAUUAAUUCCAUGGAUGUGUGUGUGUGGAAGUGAGAGCAGGAGAGAGAAUUUGAGAGAGUUUUCUUCUCUUGUCAUCCUUAGAAGAGGGUCUGUUUCCAGCAGUUUAUCAAAGGAAGAUGGCUGCUCUGAUCAAGACUCAUAGAUGGGCCGAGACGUCUGUAUUUUUGCUAGCCAUACUUUUAAAAUCAGGGUUGAACUGACAAAAUUAUUUUAAGAAGUUUACUUCCCUUGAACUUUGAAUCUGUGAAAUGCUUCUUUCUUGUUUACAAGUUGGCAAGUUGACACUUGUACUGUGUUCCUGUUUAGAUUCCCUUGUACGGUGGUCAGUUCAGCUGUAGCAUUUGCCACAUUUUCCAUGCUGACCACCCCAUCAACUAAAUCAUUUUUUUCCAGAAGCUCUGUAUUUCCAUUUCUCCUUUUAUAAGAGGCUUUAAUGGUUUUUGCAUUUCAACUUAUCAAACAAAUGCGCAAAAAAAAAAAAAAGUAUGUGGCCUUCACUACUGAGUGUUUUCUUCUGAGAUUGCUUUGUUAUUGAGAGAGGAAAAACUGAAUGUAUAAUGCAUUAUUUUUUGUCUAUGAACUGCCUUUUUAAAGGUAUUUUGACAGUGACGUUGGGCAGCUUUUCUUUUUAUUAUGGAGUGUGUUACCUGUAGUCUUCAAGGUCUUGAUCCAUGUAGUUUCCAGUUUAAAAAAACACACAUGCAGUAAUGAACCUAAGAACAUGACAUAUGACAACUUUUAAAAAUGUGAAUGCAGAUGUUGAUGAUGUACUUAAGUAACAUAUCAAGGGCACUUGUUGUUCAUGCCUUACGUAUCCUUAGGCAUACUGAAUAAUGGGGAAUCUUGCUGAAUUAUGUUAAUGAUCAGGUAAAUUACAGUCCUAUCUUCUGCAAAGUGGAUGACAGUUAAUUUCCUGUUUGAGUGAUUGUCCUCUGGUUCAUCAGUUCAUAUUGACAUGGGAACUUUAAAUCUCUGAUGCACUGUUAAGUCCUAAUGCUACUGUAGGAAUACUUUUUACAAAGCUCUUUAGUAAUCUUUCUGUUCACACUAUUGCAUUAGACUGUUUCAUACUCAAUUUCACUAUCUUUGCAUAGAUGGAAACAUCUUAGAUCUCUUUGCCAUGGGUGGAACAGUGUUACCUCAAUCUGAUUUUAUUUUUUUUUUUUAUUUUUUUUUUAGUUUAAAGCACAGAUUGAUGCAAGCUAAAUCAAGUCCUUUGUUUUUUGUUCUUGCUGGACUCUCAGAUUAAGAGUCCAGACUUUCCACAGUAAUUCUCAUAUUGCUGCUUUCCUGUUCUUGUGGAAAACACUGAAAUUCUCUUUUUUCCACUCCUCUUACUGUUGAACAGAUGAACCAUGUGGAGGGUAGAGUAGUUCCAGUAUUUUAAAAUAUGGCCAGUACAUGAUCUUGCAAGUUGUGAUAAACUUAGGUUGUGUAUAUUUAUUUCCUUUUUAUCUUUUGGUUUUCUCCUUUACUCAUGGCAAGUUGUAAAAGUUACACCACUUAGAACAGGCCUGCACAACAUACGGCCCGCGGAGCCUCACUGUGCAGCCUGCGGGGGGAUUCUAAAUCCC